UCUCUCCCGUUCUCCUCUCUCUCUCUCUCUCUCUCUCUCUCUCUCUCUCUCUCUCUCUCUCUCUCGAUAAACUCAAUGGGGUUGUCUAUUUUUAACCUCCUGUUCUUUGCUUCUGGCAGAGCAAUCAGUGGGAGCUCAGCUCUUCCCCUGAAUGAAUCCAAGUAACCCCGGUGGUUGCCUUCUGAAAUGACCAGCAGACGCACAUCUGUACAAAGGCUGCCCAGAGUGUAAGCGGCACCUAAGGGACCAUGUCCAGCCCAGGAAGCCCUGAAGUGGAGUUUUCUACCACCACCGUCAGCUCAGUGGCUGUGCAGGCUGGGGACUCCAAAAUCGUUAUCGCUGUCAUAAAGUGUGGCAAAUGGGUACAACUCCAGCUUGCUGAGUCACAGCCCAAUAUUUUAGAAAUUGGUAGCAGUCAAGAUGAAACCAAAAAACUCCUUCAUGAUCAUGAACUUCUUUUGGCCAAGCUCAAGGCUUUGGAAGAUGGGGUAUGGGAGCUCCUGCAGGAAGCGGACAAGACAGCAGAAGAGAAUAAGGAUCAGAGUCAGGUGUACGAUGCCAUGGCCAGCACCCUGGGCGAAGCAUGGGCAGCCCUGGUCUCCAUGCUUGAAAGAAGAAGGGAGCUCCUCAGGUUGACCUCUGAAUUUUUUGAAAGUGCCUUGGAGUUUGCUAUUAAAAUUGAUCAAGCUGAAGAGUUCCUUCAGAACACCCAGGAGUUCGAGACUGCCGAGUCCUUAAGGUCACUUCUUCAGCUUCAUGAACAUCACACCAAAGAACUCUUAGAACGAUCUCUAGCGCUUUUAAACAAAAGUCAACAACUCACUGACUUCAUAGAAAAAUUCAAGUGUGAUGGACCUAAUGUAAAUCCUGAGUUGAUUCAGGGAGCUCGUAGUAGCUGCCUGAAGAUCGACAGUCUUCUUGAACUUCUACAAGACAGGAGACGGCAACUAGACAAGUACCUGAAGCAACAGCGGCAGGAAUUGAGUCAGGUUCUGCAGAUAUGUCAGUGGGACCAACAAGAAAAUCAGGUUACUUGUUGGUUUCAGAAAACCAUAAGAGAUUUACGGGAACAGAGUCUCGGUUCAUCACUUUCAGAUAAUGAGGAGCUAAUCCAUAAGCACGAGGAACUAAAAAUAAAAGCAAAGGAAUGGAACUCCGCUGUGGAGAAGCUGAAGAGCGAGGCGCUUGAGAUUCUGCUGUCCAAGGACCAUGUGGAGAAAGAACACCUACAGCUGUCUAACCAGAAACUGAACCGGCUUCAAGAAGAAUUUGGUCAGCUCAUCGCGGAGAGGAAAACCUGGUUAAAAAGGGCGAAUGAUUUCUUUAACAGCGCCAACAAGGCGUUUGAUGUACUUGGAAGAGUCGAAGCUUACCUUAAGCUCCUUAAGUCAGAGGGUUUAAGUCUGCCUGUCUUGGCAGCGAGGCAUGAGGAAUUACACGGAGAAAUUAAAGGCUGCACUGCUGAUGCUUUGCAAAAGGGACAGGCCUUAGUCAGCCAAGUGGACUCCUGCAGCUCCCGGGUGACCGGCGUCCAUGACAUGAUGGGAUGCAUCCAGAGACGAGUGGAUCAUCUGACCGGACAGUGUUCAGCGCACAAGGACUUUGCUCUCAAGAAACAACAAUUAGCAGCCUCAGUGGAGGGCUACCUGAGGAAGGUGGAAAUGUCAAUUCAGGAAAUCAGUCUAGUACUUUCCAAUGCCAUGGAUGUCAGCUCCAGCCUUUCUGAGUCAGAGAAGAUUUUGCGUAAAUAUUUGGAACUAGAUAGCCAAGCUAAGGAAGCAUCACAUGAAUUAGAAGCAGCCACAAAACUGAUGACAGAGAAAAAUGAAUUUGAACCUGAUGAAGUAGCAUCACUUUCUUCUAAAGCUAAAUGGCUAGAGGAAGAAUUAAACAUACUUGGCCAAAGCAUCGGAUCCAGGUCCCAAGUCCUGCAGACCUAUGUGGCAUUUCUAAAGUCAUCAGAGGAGGUAGCGGAGCAGUGUGAGAGCCUGAAGGAGUUUUACCGAAUGGAAAGCCCGAGGGAGGAAGAGGACACCACGGAGGCCAAGCACUGGUCUGACUCAGUCGAGAAGCAGUGGCAGCUCUUUUUAAAAAGGAGUUUUUUAGUUCAAGACCUAGGGCUUGAGUUCCUUAAUUUGAUAAAUAUGGCAAAAGAGAAUGAAAUAUUAAAUGUGAAAAAUAAAGUGCACAUUAUGGAGAACACUAUGGAAAGUCUGAAGGCAGAAAGGGAAGAGCUCGGCCGCCUUCGGAUGGUGUGGCGACUUACAGCCGCUGCCAGCCAGCCCGUGAAACAGCAGUGGGGAGCGUUCAAAGAGCAACUGAGAAAGACUACUCACAACUUAAAACUUCUUCAGGAAGCACUCAUGCCUGUGUCUGCACUUGACCUUGGAGGGAGCCUCCAGACCAUUUUAGGUCUAAGGAAAAACUGGAAGGCAAUGAAGCCUCAGUUCCAGCAACUGAAUGAUGAGGUUCAAUACAUUAUGAAAGAAUCAGAGGAGUUAAAUGGCAAAGGAGCCCCUGUGAAAGAGAAGCACCAACAGCUGAAGGACCUCAUUCAACUCCAUCAGAAACAGAAAGAGAGGAUCCAGGACUAUGAGGACAUCCUGUACAAGACAGUCCAGUUCCACCAAGUCAAGGAAGAGCUUGAACAUCUCCUCAAAUCAAGAGAACUGGAGCUUCUAGAGCAGCCAACGGAACUGGAUAAUGCUCGUGAUGCCCAGAUUCGCCUCCGUCGCUCGCAGGAAAAGCAGGCACACAUAGACCAGCUCCACAAAUUGGCCCUUUGCCUGGGAGUGGACAUCAUCUCAUCAGCGCAGCGGCCUAGCUGCGCUAAUGUGUCUGCAGAGAACCUGCAGCGGCAGCUGGACGUCCUCGAGGGGGAGAGCGUGAACUGGCGAGCCCGAGCCCAGGAGUACGGGCGGACCCUGGCCGGCAGCUUGCAGCACUGCGCCACGAGGGAUGAGAUAAGCGAGCUCAGAGAGUCAUUCAAGGAUAUCAAAAAGAAAUUUAACAAUUUGAAGUUUAAUUACACUAAGAAAAAUGAAAAAGCUAAGAAUCUGAAGUCUCUGAAAUAUCAAAUUCAACAAGUUGAUAUGUAUGUUGAGAAAAUACAGGUUUUGAAAAGGAAAAUGGAAAAACUUGAGAACAAGACUCCUGAAUCUUUCUUAAAUUACCCAAAUAGUAAAGUUACUGUCCUUUUGGAAGCCAUGAAGGAUUUGCAAAAACAUGUGGAUGAGUUUGAUAAAGUUGUAACAGAUUACAAGAAGAAUUUGGACCUGACCGAGCACCUCCACGAGAUGAUAGAAGAGUGUCAUUUUUGGUGUGAAGAUGCAAGUGCCACAGUUGUAAGAGUUGGAAAAUAUUCCACAGAAUGCCAGACAAGGGAGGCUGUGGAAAUCCUCCACCAGCAGUUCAAUAAGUUUAUCACGCCUUCAGUGCCUCAGCAAGAAGAAAGGAUUCAGGAGAUCAGUGACCUCGCUCAGCGAUUAUAUGGUUUUGAAGAAGGGCAGAAAUGUACUGAAAAAAUUGUGGCAAAACACAAAGAGGUUCUUGAAUCUAUUACUGAAUUAUGCAGCUCUCUCACAGAGCUUGAAGAAAAGCUGAAGGUAAUGUCUUCUCAGAAUAUGUAUGUUCAAGUGAACCCUUAUUGGCAUGAUUUCAUGUAUAACAUUCAGUUACUCAAAGAAGUCAUUAAAGAAAAAACAUCCUACUUUCAGGAAAAGAUAAAAAGAGGCAGAGGUAAGGGGCAGGGGGCAGGCAUUUUGCCCGUCGAUGGAGCCGGUGAGGCUCAGCUACCUCGGGACCGGCCUGGGCUCUCCUCUGGCCAAGAGCGCGGUGUCCAAGGCCUGCCCCUGCCUGCGGACACGCUUUCUGCAGAAGAACAGGAGCGUGUCUCUCCCGAUGACAUCUCCUUGCCUCCACUGCCAGGGAGCCCCGAUUCCCCGCUCGCACCGUCCGACAUGGAGGUAGAAGAACAUGCCAGCCCCUCCCGCAGCCUUCACAGGAGCAGCGACAGGAUGCAGAUGGGGGCCAGUGGUCCAGGGGAGGCCCAGGAGUGUGGCCUUCCUCCGCCUGCUGCUUUUGCCGAUCCUUGCAGUGAUGAGAGAGAAACAUUUUCAAGUCAUUUUGAGAAGCCUUCCCCCCAGUUCAAAGCUGAGCCCCCGUUCACCUCCAGAGGGUUUCUGGAACAGAGCACAGCCACCAGCAAAAGCCACGCUGACCAUCCUGGGAGCAUGCCGAGUGGAGUGCAUGAGCGAGCUUGCCAGCAGCACCCGCGGGCUCGGGAAGGUGUGCUAGAAACCCGGGAGGAAAUGCAUGCUGCUAAUAACGGCACUAAAACCCAAGACAGGCUGCAUGCUUCCCCCGACGCGCUCCCGGGCCUCGGGUUUCAAUUAGGCCCCGGCCGGGUCUAUCAGAGGCAAGUGGUUUCCCAGGAAGAGAUUAAAAGUACAUCAGCAAGGAACAGCGUGGUCAGCCUAGCUGGCCAGGCACCCAGUUUCUCCAGGCUCCAGUCUAAUGUCACUGUCGUGGAAGGUUCUCCAGUGACUUUGGAAGUUGAAGUAACAGGAUUUCCAGAGCCUACACUGACAUGGUACAAGAAGGGCCAGAAAUUGCCUGCAGAUGGACACUUACAGGUUUUACACAAGGAGACGAGACAUGCGGUGUUCAUUCCGAAGGUAUGCGGGGCAGACGCAGGCCUCUAUGUGGCUCGGGCCCAGAACUCUAGUGGCAUUCUCUCUUCCAAUGUCAUCCUCCAUGUGACAGGUAACCGCAGGCCGCCAAUCACAAGGAUAAACUGGAUCAUGCUGUGUGUCAUCUAUGUUAGUGUAUCGCUCAUGUACUGGCUACUCAUACAGUAACUGUGGGGUUGGCACCCAUGGACGUCAUUCUCGCCUAAAGGACAAUACUGUUGUUUAUUUUCCUGCGUUUCCCACAAAGCACCCCACCAACUGUAUCUCCCUUCCGGCCAUAUUGCUUGUUUGGCUAAUACCACUGUUCAGUGAAAUAAUCCAGUUUUCUUUAGUUCUUUAAUCUAUUUGAGGAGCUUAGAAAAUCACUUGCCUUGGAUAAGGGUACAUUUUUGUAUUCUAGAGAGAGAUGUGUUCAAUAUAAAACAGUAAAAUUAUGCUGUUUGUUCCUUCCUAAUUUAGGAGCAUGCAGAUCAAGGCUCAUAGCAUAGAGAUGUGAGUCAAAUUUCAAAUCCAAUUGUUUGAAAAAUUAUUUUUAAUUGUACACAUAUACAUCUCUUUGUGGAAUCACAGUAGAAAUAUUGAACUGAAGUUGUAAUUUUUGUUAUUGCAUUACGUGUCCUUUAAUUUUGUUUUUCAUGUCUUGAUCUCAUUUAUUGAAAUAUAUCCUAUGUGGUUUCAACAUAGUCCACAUUCCUGAGUCUGAGGAGGCUGCCAUAAGUAACCGCUCCUCAUGUUGAUCUCACAAGCUUGCCGUUGGAGAAUAGAUGUGCAACUCCAACUUUAAAUGGAGUGUCAAAGCUCCAAAGCUAUGCUUGUCAUAGAAUAAGAUGGAACACAGGCAACGCGGGGGGACCAGCAUUAUUCCUGUCAUUCCAUUGGCAGGUGUGAGGCAGCCCUGUUUCGCCUGCUUCUAGUUUUGAUUCUGCUGCUGACCAUGUUUGCAGCCUAUGGUAAGACAUAUCAGUGCCUCAGUUUCCCAUUUGGAAAAUGGGGUCAUCAUCUACCUCUUGGACAAUUGAGAGUUUUCAUUUCAUAUCUUAUAAAAAUCUAUACAAUUUAAAAAAGCAUGCUAUGAAGACUAAAGGUAAUUGUAUUGUUUAAUGUAAUUUGUUAUCACACUGCCUCCUGUCUACUAGUUCUCUCUCAGAUGUUGUUUCUUCAGAAUAUUAAAUUAAGGGAGUGAUGUUAGUAUGUGCUCUCCAACUCUUCACAUAUGAGAAAAAUGACAUUCUAUGAAUUGGAGCUUAAAUUCCUUUCUGAUUUCUUAAGACUAUGUCCUUUGCAGAGACUUGAAAUUAAAUUCAGGAGGAUGCAUUUAGUAUGUUCUGGGGGUGGAAGGACAGUAUGGAGUAAAUUACAUAAGAUGAAUUCUAUUCUUUCUUAUAAGUGUCAUUGUGAUAUUGAAGAAUGUUUUAUGGCUUUAUGAAAUAUAUUACUUAGAAAAGAGGAUCAUCGUUUUAGCUCCUUUAAAAAUUAGACCUAAAUAAGAGAUGCAUUUUUUCUUUUUAGAUUUUAAAAAUGGUUAUGUCAUGCUAGAGUAAAAUCUUGAGUUGAAAGAAUAAUUCAUUAUAGUUUUUUGGAGAAGGGAAGGAAUUAAUCAUGUUGCUAUAACACUGUCUACAAAUAAUAAAAUAUUUAAAUGUAAUAUAUUCAAGUUGAUAUUUAAAAGUUACUGAAUUUACCUGAAGAUAUGAAGUGUGUGGUUGAGUAAAAAGUUGCAUUUGUUUUCUUGUGCUCCAUAUUUAAUUUAAUUAAAAUAUUAAAUCU